GUCCUCCCCUUCUCCCAUGGACUCGCAGACGCACAAGGCCCACCGGCCGUCCCAGUCGGGCGCAAAGGCAGAGAAGAAAAAGUCCGCAAAGGGCAAGGGCAAGGAGAAGCAACAUGGCUUCAACGAAAAGGCAUUCGCGCCCAGGUCCGGCCGCAAAGCAGACAGGCAAGGCCGCCGCACCGCAGAGCGCGACCAGACUCGCCUCCAUGUUCCCCUCGUCGACCGCACUCCGGAUGACCAGCCCCCUCCCACCGUCGUCGCCGUCGUCGGUCCUCCCGGCGUCGGCAAGACCACCCUCAUGAAGUCCCUCAUCAGGCGCUACACUAAGCAGACCCUCAACCACAUACACGGCCCUGUCACCGUCGUCAGUGGGAAGAAGAAGCGCAUCACAUUCAUCGAAUGCAAUAAUGACCUCAACUCCAUGAUCGACAUUGCCAAGGUCGCAGACCUGGUUCUCCUCAUGAUUGACGGCUCGUACGGCUUCGAGAUGGAAACAUUCGAGUUCCUCAACAUCCUCCAAGCCCACGGCUUCCCAAAAGUUAUCGGCGUCCUCACCCACCUCGACCUCGUCAAGAAGGCCGCCACCCUCCGCGCUACCAAAAAGGCACUCAAGAAGCGCUUCUGGACGGAGAUCUACCAGGGCGCGAAGCUCUUCUACCUCUCCGGCGUCCUCAACGGCCGCUACCCCGACACUGAGAUCCUCAACCUCUCCCGCUUCAUCUCCGUCAUGAAGUUCCGCCCCCUCGUCUUCCGCAACCAGCACCCCUACAUGCUCGCAGACCGCUUCGAAGAUCUCACCCCCCGCGAGGACGUCCGCGCGUCCAAGGGCAAGUGCGACCGCACGGUCACCCUCUACGGCUAUCUGCGCGGCACCAAUUACCGUCUGGGCACGAAGGUGCACGUGCCCGGGGUCGGCGACCUCGACGUCAAGAGCGUGCAGAUCUUAGGCGACCCCUGUCCUCUGCCCGAUGCUGAAUCGGAGAAGCGACGCAAGCUGAGCGAGAAGAAGAAGCUGCUCAUUCACGCGCCCAUGAGCGACGUGGGAGGCGUCAUCUACGACAAGGACGCGGUGUAUAUCAACGUGCCCGGGAACUUCACCAAGGGCGGUGUAGAAAACCCCGGCGAGGGCGAGCAGAUGGUCCUCGACCUCCAGGACGUGAACGCGACGCUCGAGGACGCAGUGGCGAAGAGUCAAAUCAGGCUUUUCGGCUCGUCGUCGCGUCCGCUGGCUGUGCAGGCUGAAGCGGGCCCUAGUACUCUCCGGUCAAGUAGCGCGACUUCGGAUGAGUCCGGCUCGGAAGAGGACUACAGCGAAGACGAGGAGGAAGGGGACUUCAGUGGGGAGGAUGAGGGCUUGGGCUCGGAAGAGGAGUACGAGGAUCAUGGGUCGGGUGCUGAGGAAGACGAGGAGGGCCUGGGGGAUCGGGGUCGCUCAGCGCCGCGUACGGUCCGGCGGUCCAUGCAAGGCCUGCCGUCGUCGGGCGGGGGCAAGCGCGGUCAGGUCGACUAUGCGGAGAGCGACUCGGACUUGGGCGGCGAAGAUGACGACGAUCCUGGGCCGUCUCGACGCUUUGUGCGUUUCGAGGGGGACGAUGCGUACGACGUCCCUAGUGAUGAGGACGCGGAGGAGGAGGCGUCGGAUGAGGAGGACGUCCCAAGGUGGAAGGCGAACCUCAGCGAGAAGGCUCAGGCGGCAUUUCAGAACACGGCGCGCGCUUCAAAACGACGAGACUGGACAAAGCUCAUCUACAACUCGACGGCUUCGCCCGAGUCCAUACUGGGUCUGGAUGGUGGAGGAGAGUCGUCGUCGAACGCGGCCGGCAUGGAUGACGAUGAUUUCUUCACUCUCAAGAGCAGUGCCCCAGCCAAGAUUGAGGAAGAACUCGAUCGCACGAAGGAACCGGUCAACGUCGAGGAGCUGGCGGAGUGGGAGGACGAGGAGCUCCUCGAUUCCAUCCGACACUUGUUCAUCACUGGCUCGUCGUCAGCCCAGCCCGCCGAGGGGGUCGACUCGAAUGGGGAACCGUACGAGGAGAUGGACGACGAGGACGGGUCUCACGUAGGAGACGAAGAUGAGGACGGGGACGACGGUGAGGGCGACGGCGGAUCCAAACCGUCUCCGAACAAGGACGCGACUGCUCUCGCCGCGAAAAAGGCCGAGCUCAAGCGCAAGUUCGACGAGCAAUACGACGAGCCGGACGCGGCCAAGGCCGACUUCUACACCGAGGCGAAGGAGGCGAUGGCCCGACAGCAGCAGCUCAACCGCGCCGAGUUCGAGGGCGUCGACCCGGACGCACGAGCGCUACUUGAGGGUUAUCGGCCUGGGACGUACGUCCGUCUCGAGCUCACGUCCGUCCCCUCGGAGAUGGUCGAGAACUUCGACCCCACGUAUCCCCUCGUCGUGGGUGGUCUCCUUCCUGCAGAGGAACGCUUCGGCUACGUCCAGGUCCGCAUCAAGCGUCACCGAUGGUUUCCGAAGACGCUCAAGACGAACGACCCGCUCAUCUUCUCCCUCGGUUGGCGGCGCUUCCAGACGGUCCCUAUCUACUCGCUGGACGAUCACUCGAUCCGCAUGCGGAUGCUUAAGUACACGCCGGAGCACAUGCACUGCUACGCUACGUUCUACGGCCCUGCCGCCCUCCCGAACACGGGCUUCUGCGCGUUCAACGCGCUGAGCCGGGACACCCCUGGGUUCCGUGUGAGCGCGACGGGCGUGGUGCUCGACAUUGACAGGUCGACGCGCAUCGUGAAGAAGCUGAAGCUUACGGGCGUGCCGUUCAAGAUCUUCAAGAACACGGCGUUCAUCAAGGAUAUGUUCAGCUCGGCUCUGGAGGUCGCGAAGUUCGAGGGGGCGAACAUCCGGACGGUUUCUGGAAUCAGGGGCCAGGUGAAGAAGGCCCUGCCUAAGCCCGAUGGCGCGUUCCGAGCGGCGUUCGAGGACAAGAUCCUGAUGAGCGACAUCGUCUUCCUUCGCGCGUGGUACUCGAUCCAGCCGCGCAAGUUCUACAAUCCUGUGACAUCCCUCCUGCUAUCAGACAAGGAGCACUGGGAGGGGAUGCGCCUUACGGGUCAAGUGCGGCGCGAACAGGGCCUCAAGACUCCCACGAAUGUCAAUUCGACGUACAAGCCUGUCGAGCGGCCUGCACGGCGCUUCAACCCACUGAGAGUGCCGAAGAAGCUGCAAGCAUCGCUGCCGUACGCGUCGAAGCCGAAGCUGAUGAGAGCGCAACACCGGGCGACGUAUAUGCAGAAGCGGGCUGUGGUGAUGGAGCCUGAGGAGAAGAAGGCGAUGGCGUUAUUGCAGCAGGUGCGGGCGCUGAGGAAGGACCAGGUCGCGAGGCGGCGUGAGAAGCAGGAGGAGCGGAAGGCUGCACACCGGAAGAAGGUAGAAAAGGAGGAGGCGAAGAAGGGUGAGAAAGAGAAGGAAAGGCGGAAGGAGUACAUGCGUGCGGCGGGGUUGAAGAGCAAGCGUGAAGGGGAUGCCUUGGACGGUAGUCGGAGCGGCAAACGCAGAAAGACAUGAUAGAUCACCUUGC